UACCAACAGCAUCUUUGAAGGGAAGUUCAAGAUUUGGGUCCAUUUGACCUUGUCUUUCCAAAUACAAGAUAUUUCCUAUCCAAGACUUUUCAUUUAACACUUCUUCAUCGUCCAAGUCCACAUAGUUCAAGCUGACUCUGUACUUUUGGAAUCUUUCAGGAAUAUCGAUGAUUCUAAUUAAGUUAUCCUCUUCGGUCAACAUACGUUCUUUCAACUCGGCAUGCUCAAAGACUUCGUCCAAGGUAGUUGGCUCCAUACUCUCGGCAUUACCAUCAUCUUCGAUUUCCUGGGCUUCCAAAGCCCAGUCAUAUUCAUUUCCACUUCCAAAUACUUCGAAUAAUUGCUGUAAACUUUCUCUGUCGACGCUGGACAACUUAGAAGUAUCCAAUCUGGGGCCCUGCCUACUCUUUUCGCAUCUUUGCUUUCGCUUGUGCUUUCUCUUUUUCUUCUUGGAGGAUUCUAUUUCUUCUUCGUCUUCUUCAUCGACAAUGAAGCCUUCACGUACUUUGUUGAUGGCUUCUUCAUCGUCGUCCUCAUCUUCGUCUUCUUCAGAAGAGUCAUCAUUCAUGACAUCAUCUCCUUCGCCUUCGGACGAAUGCUGUUCAGAUUCUUGAUCUCUGAUUUCUUUCUCCUCUUCUUCCUUGGCCAUUGUGUCGAACUACUGUUGGGGUGAUGGCUGUAAGAUACUGGAAGGUUGAGCUUGUGAAAUUAGGGGUUUCUAUCUCACUUUACUAUACAGUGUUUGUUCACACCACUAAUAAUAUAGAUGAAUGGCACGCAAUCAAUGCAGUUAUAAUGGUAUACAACUAGCGGUUGACUGUUACUAGUGA